AUGGACGGGUUCUCAAGCUUCUUUGGCCAGCCCUAUCCCGGGUCCGAGCCACAAGACACCAUGGACGGCUACACGCAGGAUGACAGUAUGAGUGGCAUCGAUCCUAGUGGCAUGGAAGCUUCGGUCUUGGGCCAGGCGCAGACCCUUCAGCAGAUCAUUAUUCAAAAUAACGAUGAAUUGAUGCGGAGAAGAAACACGAUGCAGUCCCAGUACCGACAAGGCUCGCACGAUCACGGCCGCAGAGCUUCGAUGCUGGAGUUUUCUUCCGCCAUGGACAGUGACUUGGCCAAUUUCCAGUUCGAUCCAAACCCGAGCGAAGUCAGCCUGUCCAUGGGGCCUCCCAAUAUCAUGUCAAUGCCGAAAUCUCUUGAUCCACGAAGAGUCCGUUCUAAGGAGGACUUGUCUCUGAAUACCCGGUUCUCUCAAAUGAAUGCCAAUUUUGAACACAUGCCGGCCGUCAACAACUUCUCUCCGGUGAUCGUGCCCAGCACCUCCGUCCCUGUCGAAACAUCUGCCGCUUACAUCGCGCCCGGUAUGGACAUGGCAAUGGAUUUUGACUCCCUGGCGGGAAGCGCAAGUGCUCCAGCCAUGCAAUCAGGGCCAAUGCACGAUGCCAUCUUCUCGGCCUCGCCCAUCGAUCAGGGCUUCUCAAUCCCAUAUCAACCCGGCAGCCAUGACCCAGGCGGCGGCUCAAUGAGCCCGCCUGGUCCAAAUCCAAUGGCAACAAUGACCCAAGGCAUGUCCUCAUUGCGCGAGACUUUCUCAGGCCCUUCUCAGCAACUUCGAAGGCAGACCUCCAUUGCCCCUGUUGCAUCAGGCUCUCUCUCCACAAUGGCAUCUCCGAUACAUAUGCAGGAUCCCCCAAACAGAAGACGAUCUUUAGAUGUUCAUUCAGCUUUUUCCGCGAAAGACGUUAACUCCUCCCUGAGGGCUAUGAACCCUCCGUCGCUGCCACAUAUGCCGCCAGUCCCAGGGGGGCUGAUGCAACAUCCCAAAUACGCCAAUGCAUAUUCUUCUAGCGGGUUUGAUAUGCUAGGGGUUCUUAUGCGAGUUGCGACGAGACCACGACCCGAGAUCAAUAUUGGCCCCGUUGACUUAUCCUGUGCCUUUGUCGUUUGCGAUAUCGAGAAAUUUGAUCUUCCGAUCGUUUAUUGCUCGGAAAUGUUUGAACGACUGACAGGAUAUACAAAACACGAGGUCCUUGGCCGGAAUUGCCGCUUCCUCCAGGCACCGGACGGAAGAGUGCAAUCGGGAGUGAAGCGGAAAUACGUCGAUGACAACUCGGUCCUCUAUCUAAAGAAUCAAAUCUCCAAAAGGGAAGAAGCACAACUGAGUCUGAUCAAUUAUCGAAAAGGCGGUCAACCGUUUAUGAACCUCCUCACCAUGAUCCCGAUCCAAUUUGAUUCCGAAGAUUAUAAGUUUUAUGUUGGUUUCCAGGUCGAUCUUGUCGAGCAGCCAGGCUCUGUUUCAGGGAAGAACCCAGAUGGUACUUAUGAGAUCAACUACAACCGAAGCUCGCUGCCAGCAUACCAUCUGCCUGCUCCUCCUGACCCAAGUCAAGCACUGCAAGAUAUGGGCCAGACUAUCUCUCCAGACGAAGUGUCCAGGCUCCUGGCCACCCUCGGGCGAGGCGAGUCAGACGUGUCAAGACGCUUGUGGGACAAGGUCCUGCUGGAAAAUAACGACGAUGUUGUGCACGUCCUUUCACUCAAGGGGCUGUUCCUCUACGUAUCGCCCGCAAGCCGCAGAGUCCUAGAGUACGACCCCAGUGAACUUGUUGGCGUAGGCUUAUCCUCGAUCUGCCAUCCGAGUGACAUAGUGCCUGUUACCAGAGAGCUGAAGGAUAUGCCUCCGGGAGAGUCGGUGAGCGUGGUCUAUCGGAUCCGCCGGAAAUUCAGUGGGUACACCUGGUUUGAGGCGCACGGCUCCCUCUACGUUGAACAGGGGAAGGGCAGGAAGUUCAUUAUCCUUGCAGGACGAGAGCGACCAGUCUAUGCCUUGGAUCGGACCGAGCUCUCCUCGGAUGGCAAUCUUGGCGAGAGUGAGCUAUGGUCCAAGAUCUCGACGUCAGGGAUGUUUUUGCAUGUGUCUUCUACGUCUCGAGUCAUGCUCGACCGACUCCCUGAAGAUCUGGUCGGGACAAGUCUGCAGGCUUUGAUGAGACCAGAGUCCAAAAAGGAGUUCCUACGUUUGCUUGAAGUUGCACGAACAGGCGAGAAAGUGACAUUCAGGCAUGAUCUUCAGAAUCGGAGAGGCCAGGUCCUUCACGCACAAACGACAAUCUAUCCCGGUGACGCUCGGCUUGGUUUCAAGCCUACAUUCUUGCUUGCGCAGACCCGCCUACUGAAGAUGACGCGCGCUGCACUCUUGAAGUCAGCGUCGACAGCAUCAUCGAAAACUGACAAGGCGUCGGCAGGGUCUGGAACUCCAACAUCACGUCCGUCGGCCAGAUCGUCUGGCAAUGGCCCCGACUUUGCGGAACAUCCCGGCUCUCUACAGCUAGCUGGCCCCCACACCUUGAGUCUAGGCAACCAAGACGAGGCGUUGGCUUCGGAAGACAACAUCUUCGACGAGCUGAAAACAACCCGAAGCACCAGUUGGCAGUUUGAACUUAGGCAGAUGGAGCGUCAGAAUCGGUUACUGGCCGAGGAGCUUCAAGCAUUACUGAGUCGCAAAAAGAAACGCAAGAGGAGAAAGGGGCUCGGCCAGGUUGAAAAGGACUGUGCUAACUGUCACACUCGAGUCACACCGGAAUGGAGACGAGGACCAAGUGGGAACCGUGAUCUGUGUAACAGCUGUGGUCUGCGGUGGGCCAAACAGAAUGGACGAGUAUCUCCUCGCAAGCCAUCAGGCCAAAGUGACAAAGGCUCCAGAUCCCCAGCCCAGAUUAGAGCAGCCAACAAGACCGAGGCCAAGAAUGGCGAAAUGUUUGAGACAAUGAAUGGUGGCCCUGUCCAACUGGUAGGGAAUACAUCAGGAACGGUCGCGCAAGAAGAGAAUAACGGUGAAUGGAGAGGUCAGAUGCCUCCAAAAAUCGAGGAAGGCGAAGAACCUCCACACCCAAGUAUUUUGCCGACAUGA